AUGUCGCUAUGCACGAACGAUUCCGGCGAUUACAGUGUCUUCAAUUCCACAUUCAUUGGUUCCACGAAUCAUGCGGAAAUAACCAUCCUCUCCCCAGUCGUCGUUCCACGAAUUUGCAAUGAUCCAAUACGGUGUGUCACCCUCCUUUCCCCAUCCAAUUAUUUUCACGGAAUGGGCGCCGUCUAUUUUACCACCGGUAUGCUUGUAGAUUCCUUUCACAUAAAGCGAGAAGUCUUCAAAAACAGUGAAAGAGCCCACAACUGGUCCACUCCUCAUGAUUUCUUUUUGAAUAGCUAUUACAGAGUUCGGUAG